AUGGCGCCAAAUGCCUCUUGGACCAGGCUUGUACGUUUCGUAGCUGAAGAUGGGAAGACGUACUGCGGUCAGCCAGAGGACGAGACCAUGGAUGUUGGCCUCGCGUUUGCGGCAGGAGAGUCGAUCCGCGUUCGAGUGAGAAGUUCAGAAUCGGUCCUUGACGACAAUGCAGAGCUCCUUGACGAGUACAAGGAGGUCAAGAAGCUCCUUUCACCACUCACAGCCGCCGAGACUGGCGCCAUUCGUUGUGUUGGACUCAAUUACAAAGACCAUGCGGCUGAGAUGAAGUUUGACCUGCCGACUCACCCUGAGAUCUUCCUGAAGCCCGCCUCGUCACUGUGCAGCGCCUCAGACGUGAUCCAGUUACCUAAGGUUGCAGCAGAUGAGGUUGAUGCCGAAGUUGAACUUGCUGUCGUCAUAGGCAAGGACUGCAAGAACGUGGCCAGGGGGGACGCCCUGCAGUACGUCCUUGGCUACACUGUUGCGAACGAUAUGACCGCACGCGACGUGCAGAGGCGCGGGUCGCAAUGGUCGUACUGCAAAGGCUUCGAUGGCUUUUGUCCAUUAGGGCCGACGCUUGUAUCUGCCAGAACUCUCCCGGAUCCCUCUGUUCUUCACGUCAAGACGACUUUGAACGAAACGACCAUGCAGACGCAGGACGUCUCGGAUAUGAUCUUCACCAUCGGCGAGAUAAUUGAAUAUCUGUCAUCUGGAAGUACACUCCCCAAAGGCACUGUCAUCCUGACCGGUACUCCGGCUGGCAUUGGCGCGAGCAAGAAGCCGCCGAAAUUUUUGAAGGAAGGCGACGAGCUCAGAGUCUCGAUCAGCCAUGGUCUAGGGACUUUGGUGAACCCACUGGUUCUAGAGAAAUAG